AUGGGCGCGUGUGGCUGCGUCUGCAACUCCAGCCUCACGGAGCAGAAGGCAGUCAAGGGGCGCGGCCACGGAACCAGCACCGUCGAGAAGCACCACCAGAUCAACAUCAAGCACCUCAGCGUCCACAAGUUUUACGACCUAGGGGAUAAGAUCGGCCAGGGAUCGUAUGGAACAGUGUACCGCGCGACUCAGCGAGCUUCCGGAAAGGAGUGCGCUGUGAAGUGCCUCCAGACCCGUUUCAAAACGCAGUCCAGGCGCUGCAAUCGAGAGGUCGCAGUCAUGAGAUCGAUUGACCAUCCCAAUGUUGUAAAGUUGAUGGAGUCGUUCCAGGAUCGUAGAUGUACAUAUUUAGUGGUGGAAUUGUGCAAGGGUGGGCAGCUACUGUCACACUGCAUGACCGAGGGUAAGCCAUUCUCAGAGCAGAAAACGGCCCUGGUGCUCCAGCAGAUUCUGCGAGGCACGCUCUAUCUGCACACGCACUCAAUUGUCCACAGAGACCUGAAGCCAGAUAACCUACUCUUUUCGAGCGACGCGCCUGCGUCCGACAACGCGGUGAAGAUUAUCGAUUUCGGCCUCGCUCGCAAGUUUGCAGUCGGUGAUAAGCUGAAGACGAUGGUGGGGUCACCCGUCUACGUGGCGCCCGAAGUGCUGAAUGGGAAGGGCUACGACUCGAAAGUUGACAUAUGGAGUCUGGGUGCAACGGCCUACGUGCUCGCGUGCGGGCACCUGCCGUUUCGGGGCCACACUACGCAGAGCGUGCUCGACAAAGUCGCGGAGGGGCGCGUCUCGUUCUGGCCCCCGCACUGGAAAAAGGCCUCUGCGCAGACCAAGCUGUUCGUGUCGAGCCUGCUCUGCAGGGACCCCGAGAGCAGGCCGACGGCGGCGCAGGCCCUCUCGCACGCGUGGCUGGCGUCCCAGGCCAGCCCGGAAGCGGCCAGCCUCCCUUGCGGCGUCGUGGCGAAUUUGCGCAAGUUCGGGUCGCAGGACGCGUUCUUUAAGGCGGUGCUCCACAUCGUCGCUGGCCUACUCGACGACGCCGAGGUGGGUGCCCUCCGAAGCGCGUUCGUGGCGCUGGACGCGGACGGGGACGGGCGGCUGUCGCCACGCGAGCUGCGGGAGGGCAUCCGGCUGAGCGGCUUCGAGCUCUCGGAGGAGGAGCUUCGAAAGACCUUGGAGGGCAUGGACGUCAACGGCAACGGCGCCGUCGAGUACACGGAGUUCUUGGCCGCCGCCGUCGACAGGAGCAAGUGCCAGGGCGAGGGGCUGUGCCGAUACGCCUUCGACGUCCUCGACUGGGACGGCGACGGGGAGAUCUCCCCCCAGGACGUGAAGUGCGCCCUGCACCACCGGAACCUGUCCGGCGCUCUCGGCGCAGAGUUCCAGGCGAUUGCUGAGUCAAUGCCUGUCGACAGAGCCCGCAGCCUGAACCUGGACGAUUUUACGGCACUAUUGUGCAGGUGA